UUGCUGCUUUCAAAGCUCAUAUAUAAAUACUAAUAAAAUAAUGUAAUGAAAAUAGUUGAUACCUCCACAAAGAGACACCUUCGCACACUGUCCUCAAUGCAAAAAUAUAGGUAAAAGAAACCGCUAAGCCCGCAUACCAACGACAUGUUGACAGCCAUGGCGAAAUCAAAUUGAACUUGAGCCACUUAAAUUUCUCCAUUGGGGGUACCAAUGGCAUGUGGGUGGUUUAUUAAAAUAAUUCAAAUGAAAACAAAAAAGCUCGGACUUGUAAUAGAAAGUGUUUAAAGUUUGUUAAAAUAAAAAAAUAACAACAAAAACAAAAUUGACAAACAUAAUUUGUAAGCUCAGUGGGUUGAUUGCGCAUUUUUACAGCUAUGUGAUAAUACAUGUCGUCGCUCCAAAUUAUAUACAAAUAAAUGUGAAAAUCGUGUGUCGCACUAUAAACACGCCAAACGCUGCAUUUUGUGUGGCAUUUCUAAAACUACCGCGUUCCUUGUUGGCACACGUUCUACGUUGAAAAAUGCGCGCUUUCAACGCCAUUCUAACGGUUAUUAUAUUGCAAAUUUGUCAGAAUUCGUUGUGCGCCAACCCGAUACAGGGUCUUUUCGAUCCGAAAUGUUUUGUCGCGCAGAGUGAGUGUCCCAACGAGAAUGUCACCUUCUGGUUGUACACAAACGCAACAGCCAAUACACCCGUGCAACUAAAUCCACUCAGUCUACAAAAAAGCGAUUUUCCCGUGCGUCGACCCGUCAAAAUACUCAUACACGGCUAUACAGGACAUCGUGACUUUGCGCCGAACACCUUUAUACGACCAGUGCUGCUGCAGCAUGAGGACGUCUAUGUCAUCUCGCCCGAUUAUGGUCCGCUGGUGCGCGAACCGUGCUACACCUCGGCUGUACAAAAUCUGCCUUUGGCUGCGCGUUGUCUGGCACAAUUGAUUAACAAUCUGGUCGAUCAGGGUAUCGUGCAAAAUGAGGACUUGCACGUGAUUGGUUUUAGUCUGGGCGCACAAGUGGCUGGUCAAACGGCAAAUUAUGUGACGCGGAAAUUGCAACGCAUAACUGGAUUGGAUCCGGCAAAGCCGCUGUUCAUCACCGCUGGCAAUGAACGCAAGUUGAGUAAAGAUGAUGCGGAUUUUGUAGACGUCAUACAUACUGAUGUGUUAGGGCGUGGUAUGAUGCAUCCGAUGGGUCAUGUGGACUUCUAUCCGAAUUUCGGUUAUAUACAGCCCGGUUGUGAAGUGGAGGCUGAACCCGGUAGCUGUAAUCACGAACGCGCACCACGUUUCUAUGCCGAAUCUAUCAAUCCGAAGCAGGAAUUCUGGAGCAGCCGUUGUACGAAUUGGCUUUAUUUCGUGCUAAAUAUCUGCGGCGUGCAAUCGAAUGAUGCCAGGAUGGGCUAUCAUAUUGAUGAAAGCCUCACAGGCAUAUACUUUCUCAAAACUUCGAACUCUACACCUUUUGCGCUCGGCCGUAUGAAAGAUAAACUGCCAGAACAGCAGCCGAAUUGGCGCGCGAACUACAAUCUCGAUAUGCUGAACGAAGAGGCCUGCGAUCAGCUGCUGAUGUGUCGCUUUCUACGCUACGGCGCCGAAUAUGGCAUGGAUGUGGACGUACCUCCCGAUUUUAGUUGAAUGUGACAAAUAUUUAAGUACAAAAGAUUUCCGCGUGGUUUCAAAAGGAAGUUAAUUUAGCGAUUAAAUAAUUGUUUUUGCCUAAAAUAAUACUACAUAGCUUAGUUUAAGGCGUUCCCACUUGUGUAAAUAUUUAUAACAAUUAGCUAUUUAAACAAUAAAAAAUGUAAAGUCUUAUUAAUUAUGUGGAUUUAAUCGAAAUUGACCCUGGACUUUAGCUGGGUGUUGAUAACGGCCUUUCAAUAUGUGUUUCAAUGAUGAUUCGCAUAUGAAUUUCAUUACGAGUAAUUAUGAGGGUACAAUUAGCAUAUUAAUGUGUAUAAAGUUAACGGUUCUACUGCCGGCGUGUGGCAUUUAUCAAUUAAAAAUUAAAAUAUGAGGUGUGAAAUUAGUUGUCUGUGCGUAAUUAUCGCGGUUAUAAGUGAGUAAUAUUUAUUUGAAAUAUAUAUGGUGUAUAUAUAAUAGGU